AUGACCAAGUGUUGUACGGAGGAGUGCGUGCUAGAGGAGGGCGGCGUGCGGGAGCCACGUGAGGAAGUGGAGGGGGAAGAGGAGGAGGACCGUCAACGGCUCGAGGAGGGAGACGAGGAGGAGGGAGAAGAGGAGGAGGAUGAAGGGGAGGAAGAUGGAGACAACAAACCCAAAAGGCGAGGGCCGAAGGAGAAGAAAAUGACCAAAGCCCGCAUGCAGAGAUUCAAGAUGCGUCGGAUGAAGGCCAACGCCCGGGAGAGGAACCGGAUGCAUGGGCUGAAUGACGCUCUGGAGGGGCUGCGGCGCGUGGUGCCGUGCUAUUCCAAGACACAGAAGUUGUCCAAGAUCGAGACCCUGCGCCUGGCCAAGAACUACAUCUGGGCCCUGAGCGAGGUCCUGCACUCGGGCAAGGCCCCCGACCUGCUCUCCUUCGUCCAGGCCCUCUGUAAAGGGUUGUCUCAGCCUACCACCAACCUGGUGGCCGGGUGUCUCCAGCUCAACCCCAGGACCUUCCUCCCAGAGCAGAGCAGUGACCCUCACCUCCAGGGGGGGGGUUCCUACUCCUUCCAGGGUCCCGGUCUGACCCCGGGUCUGCCCAGCCCCCCCUAUGGUCAUCUGGACUUCUCCCACGGGGCCAAGCCCCUGAGCUACGUGUACGACGGCCCCCUCCUCACAGACUGCUCCAGCCCCGCCUUCGACGGCGCCCCCCUCAGCCCGCCCCUCAGCGUCAACGGGAACUUCUCCUCCUUCAAACAGGAAGUGGCGGCAGGGGACUUCCCCUUCGGUCUGCAACACUACGGCCCCCUGUUGUACGCACCUACCCACCCCCUCGACGGACUGAUGGGGUUCGACGGCCACGCCCCCCACGAGAGAAACCACGCCCCCCGUGAGAGAAGCCACGCCCCCCACGAGAGAUGCAUGACUACACUGAAUGCCAUCUUUCACGAGUCAUGAGAACCAUAUCGAGACGAGGGGGGGGGGGGGAGUUAGACAAUUUAGACCUAUAAACAUAGUUAGUCCAGUUAGACCCGAGUCCUAUAGAGAUAAGGUUAAUCCACUUAGAUCAGAGUGCUAUGUUAAAUAUAGUUAGUCCAGUUAGACCAGAGUUCUAUAAAAGUUCUAAAAAUAAUUUCCCUCUGGGAUUAUUAAAGUAUUUAUCUAUCUAUCUAUCUAUCUAUCUAUCUAUAGAGACAUAGUUAGACUAGAGUCCUAUAGUGACAUAGUUAGACCAGAGUCCUACAGAGACAGAGUUAGGCCAGCGUCCUAUAGAGACAGAGUUAGAUCAGAGUCCUAUAGAGACAGAGUUAGACCAGAGUCCUAUAAAGACAGUUAGACCUGAGUCCUAUAGAGAUAAGGUUAAUCCACUUAGAUCAGAGUGCUAUGUUAAAUAUAGUUAGUCCAGUUGGACCAGAGUUCUAUAAAAGUUCUAAAAAUAAUUUCCCUCUGGGAUUAUUAAAGUAUUUAUCUAUCUAUCUAUCUAUCUAUCUAUCUAUCUAUCUAUCUAUCUAUCUAUCUAUCUAUCUAUCUAUCUAUCUAUAGAGAAAUAGUUAGACUAGAGUCCUAUAGUGACAUAGUUAGACCAGAGUCCUACAGAGACAGAGUUAGGCCAGCGUCCUAUAGAGACAGUUAGAUCAGAGUCCUAUAGAGACAGAGUUAGACCAGAGUCCUAUAAAGACAGUUAGACCAGAGUCCUAUAGAGACAGAGUUAGACCAGAGUCCUAUAGAGACAGAAGUAGACCAGAGUCCUACAGAGACAAAGUUAGACCAGAGUCCCAAAUACACUGAUUUAGACCAGAGUCCUAUAGAGAGAGUUAGACCAGAGUCCUAUAGAGACAGAGUUAGACCAGAGUCCUAUAGAGACAGAGUUAAACCAGAGUCCUAUAGAGACAGAGUUAGGCCAGCGUCCUAUAGAGACAGAGUUAGACCAGAGUCAGAGUUAGACCAGAGUGCUAUAGAGACAGAGUUAGACUAGAGUCCUAUAGAGACAGUUAGACCAGAGUCCUACAGAGACAAAGUUAGACCAGAGUCCCAAAUAGACAGAUUUAGACCAGAGUCCUAUAGAGACAGAGUUAGACCAGAGUCCUAUUGAGAGAGUUAGACCAGAGUCCUAUAGAGACAGAGAAGGGCCAGAGUCCCAUAGAGACAGAGUUAGACCAGAGUCAAAGUUAGACCAGAGUCCUAUAGACAGAGUUAGACCAGAGUCCCGUAGGGUCAAAGUUAGACCAGAGUCCUAUAGACAGAGUUAGACCAGAGUCCUAUAGAGAUCGAGUUAGACCAGAGUCCCAUAGAGCGCGAGUUAGACCAGAGUCCUAUAGAGACAGAGUUAGACGAGAUUCAGAGUUAGACCAGAGUCCUAUAGACUGUGUUAGACCAGAGUCCUUUAGUUAGACUGAGUCUAGAUUCUGGAGUAAACUUUACUAAUGUUAGUCCUUUCCUUACCCUUUAUUAUGUCAAAGAAACAACAAUCUUUUAGCAAUAAUCUGGAAUUAUGCAAUUUAAAAGCCUUUGUAAUAAGAUAACCAUGCAAAUAAAGAGGUGUAUAUUAUUCUUUUUUGCCAACACAAUGUCCUAUGUUUUGUAUAUAAGCUAGGUACGAAGGCCUGGGGCUGGGUUUAAUGUAUGUAAUGUAAGUACAACUCAAUAAAACAGGUUAUGUUCAAGAACCCCCUGAUAAAUUUGGCAUCUGUAUAAAUUACAUCUGAAAUUCUGACGUUGUCAUAAAACACAUAAUACAUCCAGGACAUAUAAAGGACCAUUACCAACCACAUUAAAUCAAA